AUGGGAGCACUUGGUCAGCGUGACAGCGUCUCCCCAGGUACGCUAAUUCAGCCAAAUUUGGAAACUCCCAUGGCAAAUAUCCUCCCUCCUCACCUAUCACGUGCUCCAAUUAUGCCUUUACUUCACCCCUACCCCCUUCAUUCCCUACUCUCUCUAUAUAUAUUUCCCUCUCUCUAUUCUUGUGAAUUCGGCCCUCGCUGGUUACUUUCAUUCUUUUGUUUCUUCCUCUCAAAGCACUAGAAAUCCAUGGGGUGGGAUCGAGGAGCCUCCCUUGGUGCCGGAGCCUUUGCUUCCAUUCACUUGGCCAUUCCCAGAGAUACUUCUGCUCACUUUCCACCCCUUACAGCCGUCAAGUCCGCUGGUGUCCGAGCUUCUUCUUCUCUCCAGAACGAACAAUACGUACUUAAUCGGCUCGGACUCUGCCCCCAGAUCAUCAGGUGUUUCGGCCACGACUCUACCUUCGAGAACGGUUCCGAGUAUUAUAAUUUGUUCCUGGAAUACGCCGCCGGCGGUAGUCUAGCCGAUCAGCUCAAGAUUCACGGCGGAAGGUUGCCGGAAUCCGAUGUCCGCCGAUACACCAGGUCCAUCCUCCAGGGCCUCAGGCACAUUCAUGCUAACGGCUUCGUUCACUGUGAUAUAAAGCUUCCCAACAUACUUCUCUUUGGCAGUGGAGAGGUCAAGAUUGCAGACUUUGGACUCGCCAAGAAGUCAGGGGGAAAACAGGGCAGUGGAGAAACCAAGUAUGAGCUCAGGGGAACUCCUGUGUGCAUGUCCCCUGAAUCAGUAAAUGACAACGAGUACAAAUCUCCGGUGGAUAUAUGGGCCCUUGGGUGUGCGGUGGUAGAGAUGGUCACCGGAAAACCCGCCUGGGAUUUCAAGGAUGGCUCCAAUAUUUUCUCGCUGUUGAUGAGGAUUGGGGCGGCAGAUGAAUUACCUGGGAUUCCGAGUGAUUUAUCAGAAGAAGGGAAGGAUUUUGUAAGAAAGUGUCUGGUGAAGGAUGCUAGAAAGAGAUGGACGGCGGAGAAGCUCUUGGAGCAUCCCUUUGUGGCCAAUGAAACCGUCUCAUUGGAUCGUGUGGAGGAGCCAUCGACGUCCCCAAGAAGCCACUUCGAUUUUCCACAUUGGGUUUCCAAGGCAGCACCUUCGGCUCCAAUUUCACCGGAAACGGAUGCCUGUUGCGAAUGGAAAUUUGAAUCGUGGCGCCUGUCCGAUAACAGUUCGGCGGAGGAUAGGCUCCGAAAAUUGGUGACGAAUCAGACGCGAAAUUGGUCGGAAUCUGACAGUUGGAUUAAUUUGGGACGACAGUUAGGAGAAACUUGCGGGUCGGAUAACCAAUGUGACGCGGGUCUUCGUUGCGAGACGUGCCCUGCAAAUGGGAAUACCCGACCCAGGUGUACCCGGAUCCAGCCUGCGAGCCCCACUUCCAAGGUCAAAGGUCUGGCGUUCAACAGGUAUUCAUGGUUGACCACGCACAACUCGUACGCUCGCUCUGGCGCUACUUCGGCCACCGGAUCCGCCAUCCUGUCCCCAACCAACCAGGAAGACUCCGUCACCAGUCAGCUCAAUGACGGCGUUCGAGGACUUAUGUUAGACAUGUACGACUUUGAAAACGACAUCUGGCUGUGUCACUCCUUCGGUGGGCAAUGCUACAACUUCACUUCAUUUCAACCUGCCAUCGACGUGCUGAGAGAGAUACGUUCGUUUUUGGAGGCAAACCCAACAGAGAUAGUGACCAUCUUCAUAGAAGACUACGUUACAUCUUCCAAUGGGCUCACCAAGGUGUUCAACGCUUCCGGCCUCUCCGACUACUUGUUUCCCCUGUCUCGGAUGCCCAAGGAUGGUGCUGACUGGCCCACCGUCGACGACAUGGUUGAACAGAACCAGCGCCUCCUUGUUUUCACUUCCAAAGCAUCCAAAGAAGCUUCCGAGGGCAUCGCUUACCAGUGGAACUAUGUCGUCGAAAACCAAUACGGGGAUGAUGGAAUGCAAGCUGGAUCAUGUCCGAAACGUGCAGAGUCGUCCGCGAUGGACAACAAAUCCAAGUCCCUGGUUCUGGUAAACUAUUUUCCGACAGACCCUGUUGCAGCGCAAGCCUGCGCAAACAAUUCAGCGCCAGUGCUUAGCAUGAUGAACACUUGCAAUCAAGCAUCGGGCAACCGGUGGCCGAAUUUCAUAGCUGUUGACUUUUAUCAGAGGAGUGAUGGGGGAGGAUCCCCGGAAGCUGUUGAUGAAGCCAAUGGUCAUCUCACUUGCGGUUGCGAUAACAUCGCCUACUGCAAGGCAAAUGCUACAUUUGGGACGUGCGAUGUGCCAGUGAUAUCUCCGCCUCCACCGGCAGCCUUGGGUGAUGGAGGAUCAAACCAGCCUUCCCAUUCCAACGGCAAAAUUAAAGCCGGCCGUGUGCUGCAAUCAGCUGCUCUUAUUUUGGCGUUGGGAACUUUGUUGGCUUCCGUAUGACACAUAGGUUACACUUGUUUCCUCCCCCCUGUAUCUUUGGAAUCUACGUAAAUUUGUUUUUCAUUUUUAACUUUGUCCGUUGUUAAUUUAUUCCAUUUUUUCACCGAUACAACAUUUGGAGCUGCUAUUUCAUUGUUUCUUUCAACAUUCUUCUAUACAUUGUUUCUUCAGACUU